GCCGCCCAAUGAGCGCGGCGGGCCGGCGCGGCGCGGCGGCAGGAGGAAGCGGCGCGGCCGCGGCUCGGGGCCAUGCGGCCGGCGGCGGCGGCGGCGGGCGGCGACAGCGGCAGCAGCAGCACCGGCCCCGGCAGCACUGGCCCCGGGCUGCUGCUGCUGCUGCCGCUGGCGCUGCUGCCGCUGGCGCUGGUGGUGCGGCAGCUGCUGAAGCAGCGGCGGCCGCCCGGCUUCCCGCCCGGCCCCGCGGGGCUGCCGCUCAUCGGCAACAUCCACGCGCUGGGCGCGGAGCAGCCGCACGUCUACAUGCGGCGGCAGAGCCAGAUCCACGGAUUUUCAGUCUUGAUCUUGGAGGUAUAUCUGCUAUUGUACUGAAUGGCUAUGAUGCAGUAAAAGAAUGCCUUGUCCAUCAAAGUGAAAUUUUUGCAGAUAGACCAUCUCUUCCUUUGUUUAAGAAGCUGACAAACAUGGGAGGCUUACUGAACAGUAAAUAUGGCAGAGGAUGGACAGAACAUCGCAAAUUAGCCGUAAAUACCUUUCGAAUUUUUGGAUAUGGUCAAAGGUCCUUUGAACACAAAAUUUCAGAAGAAUCGAUGUUUUUUCUUGAUGCCAUUGAUACAUACAAAGGCAAACCAUUUGAUCUCAAGCACUUGAUAACAAAUGCCGUUUCAAAUAUUACUAACUUGAUUAUUUUCGGAGAACGUUUUACAUAUGAAGAUACUGAAUUUCAGCACAUGAUUGAGAUUUUUAGUGAAAAUGUUGAAUUAGCUGCUAGUGCUUCUGUAUUUUUAUAUAAUGCUUUUCCUUGGAUUGGUAUCUUGCCAUUUGGGAAACACCAGCAGCUGUUUAAAAAUGCAGCAGAAGUCUAUGACUUUCUUCGUGAUCUUAUUGAACGUGUCUCUGAAAAUAGGAAGCCUCAGUCACCUCGACAUUUUGUAGAUGCAUAUUUAGAUGAGAUGGAUUGCAAUGAAAACGAUCCAGAAUCUACAUAUUCAACAGAAAACUUAAUUUUCUCUGUUGGAGAACUCAUCAUAGCUGGGACAGAAACCACAACAAAUGUUUUAAGAUGGGCAGUGUUAUUUAUGGCUCUAUAUCCAAACAUUCAAGGACAAGUUCAAAAAGAAAUCGAUUUAGUCGUCGGCCCAAACAAAAUGCCCACUUUAGAAGAGAAAUGCAAAAUGCCGUACACUGAGGCAGUUCUGCAUGAAGUUCUAAGAUUCUGUAAUAUAGUUCCACUAGGUAUUUUUCAUGCAACUUCUAAAGAUACUGUUGUGCGUGGUUAUUCCAUUCCUGAAGGCACUACAGUCAUAACAAACCUCUACUCUGUUCAUUUUGAUGAAAAAUACUGGAGCAACCCAGAAGUGUUUUUUCCUGAGAGGUUUUUGGACAGCAGUGGGCAGUUUGUCAAGAAAGAUGCAUUAGUUCCUUUUUCACUAGGAAGACGACACUGUCUUGGAGAACAACUAGCCCGAAUGGAAAUGUUUCUGUUUUUCACUUCAUUACUUCAACGAUUUCACCUGCGUUUUCCUCAUGGUUUGAUUCCAGAUCUCAAACCAAGAUUAGCAAAAGAGAAGGAUCAAAUGAAGCUGACACCAUUCCACUUAUAUAAAUGCCUAAUGACGGAACAAUGCUGCAGGUCCAAUUUAAAUUGCUUUCUGUCUGCUGGCAGUCAGACUCGCGCGUCCCACAGAGUAUCUCAACCCCCUGGUUCUGGCUGCGCUGAAGAAGGUAUGCUGGCUGCUGCUCUUGCUGAAGGACUGCCUUCCGGUAGAGAACAGACAAGACUCAAAAAGGAGAGGAAGGGUGCAACUCCGAAAGCUGUGCCCUGGGCACUCCGUAAAAAGCUGCGAAAGAACCACUCCUAGGAGUGGGGCAGACAGUGGGGCGUAGGAGUGAGACAGCUGCUGAGGUUCUCAGUGCUAUCAGGGGUGCGACUCUGCUGGACACCUGCAUAAGCCGAUGUCGGGGGCUUGUGGAAUAUUAAUGUAAAAACUGUGGAAUCUACAGAAAUUGGGUGCCUUCAGCGUGCACUUCUUCCCAUAUCCCACCUUGUAUUCUUAGAUUGCACAGCCAGAACUUUGUAAGUACCUAGGUUUGCCACCUGGGUAACAAGAGACAUGUUUGAAAUAAAUCUCAAUUAAAGGGGAGAAGACAAAAAAAUAGAGAAAUCCAAGAACCUAUUCUUGUAGGGCUACACACAAAAUACACCUGACUAGUGAUAAUUCUAUUUUGCUGAUGUAUAUUGAGAUAUAACUCUUCCCAAUCUUUAAUUCUUCUAAUGAGAACUAUAUUGAUUAUAUGUCGUUCUGGUUUCUAAAUCAAAAUGCAUUAUAAAAGCCUUAGAAUAUCAAUCCAAACUUUUACCAUUUUAUGGCAACUUACAGUCUCAUUAAGCAAUGAAAUACACUUGACAAACUGUCUUUUCUGUAAGCCUAUAUCAACCUGAGUUAUAUUAUACAAGUUUCAUUCUG